AUGUCCAGAGAGAGCUUUGAGAGUGGGAGAUGGUGGGACAUCCCGGUCCUGCUGCUGAGAACAGGCCUCCUCAAGGGAGCCAAAUGCUGUGAGCACCACAGCAUUCUUCGAGGGCGGAAGGGGACCGAAGGCGCGCCCCCGUUCCGCGGCCCCAGCGAAAUGGAAGAAAUCCCAGCCGCGACUCAAAGACCGGAGACAGAGCCCCACAACGCACACAGCGCCUUUCCAUUCCCCGUCUCCAUGGGAACGCGCUGCUCACCCUUCUGGGAGGACUGUGCAAACCCUGAGAGCUGGCCGGGAACAUCCCUCCGUGAGCAGUUUCCGCCACAGCCGCCCUCUACGCCUCACAACCUGCGCAAACUCCUGGAAGCUGAAGCGGGGGCGCAUCUCGGGAACUCCGGCCGGAGGCGAGGCGCGUCCUGGACGGUCUCCGGAACUCUACCAACUCGAUACCCUGCCUUUGCCGAAGAUGGAAGCCGAGGAAACCUGCCAGGAGUAACUGUCACACCGAUGAGCCAGGCCCAUCCUCUGUUUCCUGGGAGAACUAUGGGGUUUUCUGCAGAACGGCAGGAACAUACUGUUUCAGGAGCCAGUGACAUUCGAGGAUGUAGCUGUGAGCUUCACUGGAGCGAGGGGCAGAGCCCUGUGCUGAGGACACAUAGGACAGGGAGUUCCCGAGCUGCUCCUGCCCAGGUUCCUGAGGUUAGAGAAGUUUCUGUACAAGAUGUCAAAUUUGAUAAUCAGUGGCAAAUGCCUAUGAGGGAGAAACUGAGAGAAGAGAAAGAAAGCUGUGAGAAAGUGACCUUCGAGAAAGUGACCAAGAAAGUAAAGAACAAGAAGAAGCUCAGUGAAUGUGCCAAAUAUGGCAGAAACUUCCGUUGUCAUUCCGACCUAAUUGUCCAUGAACGAAUUCACUCCAGUGAGAAGGCCUAUGUGUGUAAUGAGUGUGGGAAAGCACUGAAGACCAAAAGUCAGCUUUCUGUGCACCAGAUACUCCACACGGGGGAGAAACCCUUUAACUGUACCCAGUGUGGGAAGGCCUUCAGUAGUAGAUCAGCUCUUUGCCGACACAGAAUCUCCCACAGUGGGGAGAGGCCUCACAAGUGCAGGGACUGUGGGAAGGACUUCAAAACCAGGACAUGCCUCGGCGUGCAUCAGGUUAUGCACACGGGGGAGAAGCCGUAUGAAUGUGAGGAGUGUGGGAAGGCCUUCAGUAGGAGUUCAGACCUCACCAAGCACACAAGAAUCCACACUGGGGAGCGGUCUUAUGAGUGCACUGAGUGUGGGAGGGCCUUCAGCCGGAGCUCAGACCUAAGCAAACACCAAAGAAUCCACUCUCAGGAGAAGUGCUAUGGGUGUCCUCAGUGUGGGGAAGCCUUUAGCAGCAAGGUAGAGCUCAGCAAACAUAGAAGGAUCCACAUGGAAGAGAAGCCUUACAAGUGUAAAGAGUGUGGGAAAGCCUUCCGUUACAACUGUAAACUCAGGGCUCAUGAACGAGAACACAUGGGGAAGAAGCCCUAUCGGUGUGGGGAUUGUGGGAAAACUUUCCAAGAUCAGCACGCCUGA